UUCUUCUUUCCUUCCUUUCUUUCUCCUUUCGUCUCUCCAUUUCUUUUCCUUCCUUCCUUUCCUUCCUUUCUUCUUUCUUUCCUUCCUUUCCUCCUCCUUCCAUCUCUCCAUUUCUUUUCCUUCCUUCCUUUACUUCUUUUCUUCUUCCUUCCUUUCUUUCUCCUUCUGUCUCUCCAUUUCUUUUCCUUCCUUCCUUUCCUUCCUUUCUUCUUCUUUCCUUCCUUCCUUUCUCCUUCCGUCUCUCCAUUUCUUUUCCUUCCUUCCUUUCCUUCCUUUCUUCUUUCCUUCCUUCCUUUCUCCUUCCGUCUCUCCAUUUCUUUUCCUUCCUUCCUUUCCUUCCUUCCCUUUUUACUCUAAUUAUUCCUUCAUCAAAUGAGGAGUACCAGCAGAACCUAGCCCUGGCAGGACGGAUGGCAUCAGCGCUGCCCCCCAAUUUCUCUUGGGUCGUCUCAGGCUUGUUGGCUGGGCUGGCUAUGCCCCGGCUCCCUGCUCACUACCAGUAUAUGCAUGACCAUGGGAUCCGGCACCUGGUCUCGCUAACCGAGCGGAGCCCGCCUUACCACGACACCUGCCCGGGCAUCCAAGUGCACCGUCUACGCAUUGCCGACUUCUGCUCCCCCUCGACCGAACAGAUCCAGCGGUUUCUGCAGAUUGUGGAAGACGCCAACGCCAAGGGGGAGGCUGUGGCUGUUCACUGUUUGCUGGGCUUCGGACGGACGGGAACCAUGUUGGCCUGUUACCUUGCCAAGACCCACAAAAUCGCCGGAGUGGACGCCAUCCAAAAAAUCCGCCAGCUGCGGCCGGGCUCCAUCGAGACUUACGACCAGGAGAAAGCCGUCAUCCAAUUCUACCAACGUACAAAGUAGCCGCGGGAAAGGACGAGAAUUUGCCCGUGUGAAAGUACGCGACGAUUGUGUCUCUUCCAGCUCCUUUCGGGGGUGGGUGGGUGGAGAAAAAUAAACUAGCUUUAGAGAGAGAGAGUGGAUCCAGCCGGGGAUCCAGUCCAAUUGGAAUCCCAGACAUACCUUUAUCGCUUUAUUGUAUCUGUCGGUUCUCUCCAAGUUGUUGUGAGUUGCGAAGUCGUGUCCGACCCAUCGCGACUCUAUGGACGACGUUCCUCCAGGCCUUCCUGUCCUCUACCAUCCUCUGGAGUCCAUUUAAGCUCCGGUCGACUGCUUCCAUGACUCCAUCCAGCCACCUCCUUCUCUGCCAUCCCCUUCUUCUCCUUUUGCCCUCCAUCGUUCCCAGCAUUGGGCUCUUCUCCAGGGAGUCCUUCCUUCCUUCUCCUUAGGUGGCCAAAGGAUUUGAGUUUCCUCUUCAGGAUCUGGCCUUCUAGAGAGCAGUCAGGGUUGAUCUCCUCUAGGACCGACUGGUUGGAUGGCCUUGCAGUCCAAGGGACUCGCAGGAUCUUCUCCAGCACCAGAGUUCAGAGGCCUCCAUCCUUUGGCCUUCUCAGCCUUCCUUAUGGUCCAAUCUCUCCAAGUUAGUUGACAUUAACUUUUUUUUUUUUUCGCAAGAGUGAAGCAUUUACAGCUCUGGUGCCGUUUUGCAAAACUUAAAACUCCGUCCCACCGUUGAAAAAGAGCCUCCUUCGUAAACCUGGCCCGUUGUGUCUUUGGAUGGAGGAAAAGUUAAAUAUUAGGAGGGAAAUGAUUCAAGACUGUGCGAGAAAAUCCUGAAUGUUAAGGUUUAGAGUCUCGAGUUUCAGGGAGGGAAAGUUUCUGGUUAACGUUUCUGAGCUUGACGAUAAAGAAAGCCAUUCUAAUAAUAAUAAUAAUAAUUAAUAAAAAAAUACCAGAUAGUGUU